AUGGGGCCCCGUCGCCUACCCCGGCGACCCCGACGCCGACCUUCCCGACCCGGCCCCACCUCUGCUGGCCCUGUCGCCUGCCCCUGCGGCCCCGGCUCCGCCCUUCCCGGCCCCGGCGCCACCUCGGCUGGCCCCAUCGCCUACCCCGGCGACCCCGACGCCGACCUUCCCGACCCGGCCCCGCCUCUGCUGGCCCCGUCGCCUGCCCCUGCGGCCCCGGCUCCACCCUUCCCGGCCCCGGCGCCACCUCGGCUGGCCCCGUCGCCUACCCCGGCGACCCCGACGCCGACCUUCCCGACCCGGCCCCGCCUCUACUGGCCCCGUCGCCUGCCCCUGCGGCCCCGUCUCCGCCCUUCCCGGCCCCGGCGCCACCUCGGCUGGCCCCGUCGCCUACCCCGGCGACCCCGACGCCGACCUUCCCGACCCGGCCCCACCACUGCUGGCCCCGUCGCCUGCCCCUGCGGCCCCGGCUCCGCCCUUCCCGGCCCCGGCGCCACCUCGGCUGGCCCCGUCGCCUACCCCGGCGACCCCGACGCCGACCUUCCCGACCCGGCCCCGCCUCUGCUGGCCCCGUCGCCUGCCCCUGCGGCCCCGGCUCCGCCCUUCCCGGCCCCGGCGCCACCUCGGUUGGCCCCGUCGCCUACCCCGGCGACCCCGACGCCGACCUUCCCAACCCAGCCCCGCCUCUCCUGGCCCCGUCGCCUGCCCCUGCGGCCCCGGCUCCGCCCUUCCCGGCCCCGGCGCCACCUCGGUUGGCCCCGUCGCCUACCCCGGCGACCCCGACGCCGACCUUCCCGACCCGGCCCCGCCUCUGCUGGCCCCGUCGCCUGCCCCUGCGGCCCUGGCUCCGCCCUUCCCGGCCCCGGCGCCACCUCGGCUGGCCCCGUCGCCUACCCCGGCGACCCCGACGCCGACCUUCCCGACCCGGCCCCGCCUCUGCUGGCCUCGUCGCCUGCCCCUGCGGCCCCGGCUCCGCCCUUCCCGGCCCCGGCUCCACCUCGACUGGCCCCAUCGCCUACCCCGGCGACCCCGACGCCGACCUUCCCGACCCGGCCCCGCCUCUGCUGGCCCCGUCGCCUGCCCCUGCGGCCCCGGCUCCGCCCUUCCCGACCCCGGCGCCACCUCGGCUGGCCCCGAGCCGUAGGUGACGCGGGGGUGGUGGACACCCUAGAGGCAUGGUUGGAGAACGCGAGGAGGAAGCACAAGGCCAACGAGUAUGGCAACUUGCCCUGGCCGGUCAUUGAGGCAGGACUCCGCUCCAUGUGGGCGACGGAGCACCCGUCUCGACCUGCCUCUCCUCGUCCGGUGAACAACGAAGGCGGCGUCGACGUGGGCGUCAACGCCGGUGGUGGUCAAGUCGGCAGCAGUGCUGGAGGCACGUCGAGGCAGAGAGGUGUGAUACACGCCGGUGAAGUCGGCGGCGUUCAGGCGCGAGGGAUGCAGUCGUCGGCGGCUGCAGGCUCCUCACAUGGUGACGUCGGAGGGCGUCGAAGUGGGCUGUCGCCGAUGUCGGCGUCCCAGGUGACGGCAGGUGGGAUUGCACCGAGCUACGACUACUUCAAGUUUACGCCGGACACGAUCUCGGUCACCCCUCUGCUGGUCGGUCGACCUGACAUACUCACCUGGAAGGAAGCCAUCGAGCCCCAGCUGGAGAUGGCCGGGCUGAUCGGCUUCGCCCGAGGGACCGUGGCGACGCCGGGGGAGCACCACCCCGACCUGCGUGCAGAGUUUCGCGCCGUUCAGCUGUUGACCUUCACGGUCAUCUCGCGGUGCUGCUCGCCGGGCGUGCAGAUCGCCUUGAAGUGGUGCCAGGAGUACCUCGACGCUGGCCACCGGGCGUGGCAUUUCAUUGAGUCGACGUACCAGGUCACCGACGACCUGUUCAUUGCCCAGCUGGAGGGACAACUGACGCACCUGCGUAUGGGUGACGAGGAGAGUGCGACCGACUACUGCAACCGAGCCAGGCGAAUUCUCGCCACCAUCAGGAUGGCCGGCGCGCAGUACUCCACGGCGUCGUACAUCACCCAUGUCAUGCAGGGUCUCUCUAGUAGCUACAACCUACUGAAGCGGCUGUCCAUGGCGCCGAGCACAAGGGCGACGCUUAACGAGGACAACCUGACCUCGUAUAUCCUGCAGGACGAGGCAAUGCAGGAGGCUGAGCGGUCGCAGGAGCUCUUGGCGCAGGCGAACUUGGUCACCUCAGCGAAGCAAGGAGGUCGACCGGGGCAGCGCGGGCAGUCUGGCGGUGGUGGUAGCAGUGGCUGGAAGCCGGCCAAGGAGGUCGACACGAGGAAGUCGACCAAGGACAGCGGUCGAGGAGGAGGAGGUCGACGUCGGGAAUGCUGGCUGUGCGGCGAUCCCGACCAUCUCUCCUUCGAGUGUCCCAACCGCAGCGACUCCGACGACGACGAUGCUAAGGGAGGCCGUGGGAGGUCUGGCAGCCGUCGUCCUCGUCGUGGAGGAAACCAAUCGCGCAAGGAGAAGCAGUCGACCAAAACAUCGACUUCGGCGAAGGACGCCGACUCCUCUGCCGGCGGCAAGGGGCGAGACGACAAGACGGCGUCGUGCUCGCUGGUCGGCGUCGUGGAGCCGACCAUCUCUCUAGCGUCGGAGGCCGGAGAGGACUUCCAGGCGGUGGCGGCAGCUGUGCAAGCGAACCCGGCGGUGGUUCUGCUCGACAGCGGUUGCUCCCACCACCUGAUGGGGACGAAGGAAGCCUUCGUCGACCUGCAGCCGAGCGGCGCCAUCAGGCAUGUGCGCGGCUUCAACUGGGCGCUGCAGGAUGUUCAGGCCUGCGGUACCAUUGCCCUGCAAGGAGAGGCCGGGAAGCAGGUGCUCAUCCCCGACGUGUUGUACGUCCCGGGUGUGCGAGCCAACCUGCUGUCGGCCGGACAGCUGAAGGAGCAUGGCGUGAAGCUGCAGGAGGACGGAGACGGCAUGCUGCUCGUCUCGGCAGCGGGGGAGGUGCUCGCGCGGGUGACGUACUCUAGGCGAGUUCUCUGCACUGACCUGCAUCCCUGUGCGACGAGGUCGACGCCGCCCACGACGGAAGUGGUGGCUCUGCGGGCGAUCGUCUCGAAGACGAAGUCGACGCCGGACCGGAUGCAUGCGAGGCUUGCACAUGUCGGCAUGGACACCAUACGGAGCUCGGCGAAGAACGAGGUCGCCAUUGGGCUGGACCUCAAGUCGGCAACGGACGCCGACUCCCCCUGUGUCUCGUGCGUCGGCGGGAAACUGGCGCGGCACACCUUCCCCGACCAAGGCUCCGACGCCGACAACGUGCUGGCCGUCGUGCACAUCGACCUCCGGUCGCCCAAGAAGUCAGAUGCGUUGCAGGCGUUUGUGCAGUGGCUGGCGGUGGCUGAGCGGCAGACGAAGAAGCCGGUGUUGAUGCUGCAAUCUGACCGGGGAGGGGAGUUCCUCGGGAAGCAGUUCACCGACUUCGUGAACGGCAAGGGAAUCGUCCACGACCUGACCUGCCCAUACACCCCGCAGCAGAACGGCAUGGCGGAGCGGGAGAUGAGGACGGUGGUGGAGUCGGUGCGGACAAUGCUGCUGCACAUGGGCGUGCAGCACCACUGGUGGCACCUCGCUCUCCGGCAGGCCGUCUGGGUCCGCAACUGCCUUGAGAGGUCGACGCUGCCGCCGGGGACGACGCCGUACCAGCUGCUGACCGGGAAGAAGCCCGACUUGUCGCUGGCGCGGGUGUGGGGCUGCAUGGCGCAGUUCCUUGUUCCUGAGCAGCAGCGUGGUGGGAAGCUGACGCCGAAGGCCAAGUGGGGCCUGCACCUUGGCGUGUCGGCGGCGAGCAAGGGCUGGGAGCUCCUUGACGUCGCCACUGACCGGGUGGUCACCACGUCGGACGUGGUGUUUUACGAGGAGAUGUCGUUGGCCGAGUGGAGGACGGAGCAUGGGCCGGUGUCCGGUCGCUCGUCGUCCACCCCGCCCUCUGACACCUCGUCGGUGACGCAGCCGUUGCUUGCCGAGGUCGGUGAGCUUGCUACUGAGGACGUCGAGGACGUCCGCCCCUCUACCCCUCUCCCUCUGACCCCUGCCCCUCCCCUCGUGGCCGACCUACGUGGGCUGACCUCGGUGUCGGCCUCCGGCGAUGAGGGGAGUAGUGGGACGCCGCCUUCGGCGUCGGCCAAGUGCAUCGCCGGUGGGCGACGUGACGAGCGGCGAAUCGACGUGGGAUUGCAGUCGACAGGGGAGCAGCAGGUCGAGGAGCAGCAGCCGACAAGGGAGCAGGCUGCCGUGAAGCCGACCAUGGAGCAGUCGGCGACCGGGACGUCGGCAGGGGAGCCGACCACAGGGGAGAAGUCGGUUGGGAAGCCGACCACAGUGGAGCAGUCGGCAGGGACGCCGGCUGAGGAGCAGCAGGACGCCGAGGGCAGCAACGACAGCGACGAUGGAGGGGACGCCGCGGAGGUCCAGCAAGGACCACGGCGUUCAGGCCGACUUCGGAGGCCGCCUGACUUCUUCGUCCCCGCUGCCUUCACCACGGUGUAUGACGUGGACGAUGACGACGACCUGCUGUACGACGACGCCGAGGAGGAUGAGGAGUUUCCGGAACUCGACCCUGACAUGCUAGCCGACCCCGAGCACCGUUGGGACAUCUCAACGAUGACGGUGAAGGAGGCAUUGGCGAGCUGGAAGGGCCCAGCGGUGAAGGCCGCCAUGGAGGAGGAGAUUCGCAGCCUCAUCAACAUGGGCACCUGGGAGCUGGUCGAACGCCCGCCGGGGGUGAACGUCAUGAAGAACCGGUGGGUGUUGACGACGAAGUACCACAUCGACGACACCGUCGAGCGAGAGAAGGCGAGGCUGGUAGUGAAGGGCUUCACACAAGUGUAUGGCGCCGACUACGACGAGACGUUCGCGCCGGUGAGCAGCUACGUCACGCUGAGGAUCUUCCUCAGCAUCGUCACUGUCCUCAACCUCAACCUGAUGCAGCUCGACAUGAAGAACGCCUUCCUGCAGAGCAAGCUCGAUCGGGUGCUAUACAUGUCCCAGCCGGACUACUUCAACGACGGAACCGGCCGGGUGUGUAAGCUGCUGAAGAGUCUGUACGGGCUGAAGCAGUCGCCGCUGUUGUGGUACUUGGCGCUCAAUGAUGUGCUGGUCGGCGCCGGGUGGAAGAAGAGCCAGGUCGACGAGGCUCUUUACUUCAAGGUCGGCGAGGGUGAAUUGAUCUGCUGGGUGCUGGUCUACAUCGACGACCUGCUUGCCGCCAGCAGCAGCUCCACGAUGCUGAAGGAGCUGAAGGAGCUGCUGGAAGCUGCCUUCGAGCUGCGCAAGAUCUCGCCGGUGCAGAAGUACCUCGGGCUGGAGAUCGUGCGCGACAGGACGGCGGGGAAGCUAUGGCUGCACCAGCAGGGCUACGCUGACAAGCUGCGGAGGCGCUUCCUCGAUGAGGAGCAGACCGGGCGCACCCCGAAGACACCGGUCUCGGUCGGUGCCUACGCCGAGCUCACCUUCGAUGACGAGGAGGCGCAGGAACGGCAGGAGGAGGAGUACCGGCAGAAGGUCGGCUCGCUGCAGUUCGCGGCGACGACGACGAGGCCGGACGUCGCCUUCGCCUGCAGCAAGCUGGGGAGCGGCCUCACGGUGAGGAGCGAUCAGCACUGGCGCGAGGUCGACCGCUGCCUCGCCUACCUCGCCAACACACGUGACACCACCCUGGAGUUCGGCGGUGGACCUAAGUCGCUGGAGCUGGUCGGCUACGUGGACGCCGACGACGCUGCGCAUCAAGUGCGCGACACUGUCGUCGACCGAGUCGGAGUACGUGGCGGCCACUGA